AUGCCUAUGCAUGCUAUGCUCAUCUUGAACUUUGGCAUCGUCUUUGCUUUGAGUAUUAUAUAUGGAUAUUUGGUGAAACAUCGCGUUGAAAAAUUUGAUUAUCCGCCAAGAACGGCAACUUCCGAUGAUGAUGACCACGAAAGUCAAGCGUUCUUAGCUACUCAGUCCUCGUCAAGUUCCGGUUUGGCAUUUUACAUUUAUAUCGCUCAUUUGUUCGUCGCUCGUAUAAUUCCAUUGUUGGUAUUUGCAUCAAUAUUUUACCCAGCUCAUUUUCCUAACAAUUAUGUCUGUUCUUGGCGGCCUGAAAUGCAUGGAAAAGGUACUUCCACUAUCAACGAUACCAUCAACUUACGACAUAAUUUAACGAUUAUUGGCUGUACAAAUCCUAACGGCGGAAAAAGUGAAACCUUAGUUGACGCUGUUGCCAUAGUGGGUGUUAUUAUCGUAAUACUGGCGGUUUUGGAACUAGUCUACAUCGCUUGGGUCGCCUUUGAUGAAAGGAGUUUUAGGACUGACCAAGAAUUUUGUACGGUGUACUUGCUGAGAAAGCGAAAAACAAUUAGAAAAUUUGUGAACAAAAUUCGAGAAAGAUUUAAUGGCGAAGAGGUAUUUGAAUUAAAGGAUGAUUUUGGCGGUAUUGAAAUUUCCAGGCUACCUCUUGAACAGAUAUAUGUCAAUGUCGUUAUUCAAGACGGGAGAGAACACAUGAGCGCUUACCCGAGGGAAUUUAAAAGGCAUGAAAUUUACCAAUCUUAUCUCGAAACCCCAAGCACAGUUACUAAGCUUACGAGCACAGCUGAUCUAUUCAAACCAAAAAAAGACGAGCUGAAACAGACUUAUCCGCGAACCAUCCUUGUUAUAGGGCGACCCGGAAUUGGUAAGAGCAUGUUAACAAAGAAACUGUUACAUCAAUGGAAAGAAAGAGAAGAUGAUUUCUGGCAUGAGAAAAUUGCAAUCUUGCUUCAAUUUCGUACAUUUAACGAAACUGUUACUCUUCGAGAAAUGUUUGGUUCUGCUAAAGGACUGUCAUCAGAUGAUUUUCAAACUGUAUAUGAUUUUAUAUUAUCCAACCCAACUAAAAUCGUCUUGAUUUUUGAUGGAUUAGAUGAACUAAAUGUUAACAGCGAACGUUUGUGUACAAAUACGGGGACAGUUGGUAGUCCUAAUGAAAAACAGCCGGUGUUUUCAAUUUUUAAAAUGUUAGUUGAUGGUAGACUGCUACGAGGUGUCACAAUAUUGACAACGUCACGGCCUACGGCACAGCAUCUUUUGAAUGACCUUAACUUCGAAAGAACAGUUGAGGUCUUAGGUUUUUUCGAGGAGCAAAUUAAGGAGUAUGUUUUUAAAUUUUGUGACAAAAGAAAUACUGGUGAAUUGAUUUGGAAUGAAAUCCAAGGAUCAGCCGAAAAGUGCAGCUUGUGUUAUAUACCUGUCAAUAGUUAUAUUGUUUGUUUAACUUUAAAGGAAAGCAUUGAAAAUGAUGAAAGUGGAGCACGAUUUCAGAACAGCAAUAUACCAAAAACUAUAACUGAACUGUACAAAAGAGCUGUAAAAGUCUUAUUAUAUCGACACCAUCCACUAUACAAGUCGCAACCAAGGCCGAAUGAUUACCUCAUCACCCCGUUUCCCGAAAAACUCGAAAAAGACUUGAUGAAGAUAAAAGAAGUUGCAAAAAAAGGAAUUUAUGACGGCCAGUUAAUUUUCGAACGAUCGAGUAUGGAUGAAUUUGGAGACCUGGCCAAUUGUGGCUUUUUUACCAAGUUACCAGACAAACGACGGAACUUGUUUUGCUUUCUACAUUUAACACUGCAGGAGUUUCUUGCGGCAUCAAAGGUGGUUGAUGACAUUGGCAGAGUUGCGCAAUUUUUGGAUGAUCAUGUUGAAGACCCCAAGUGGCAUUUGGUGAUACAGUUUGUCGCUGGUUUAGUUGGAGAUAAAUUUAGAGGAAAUCCGAAAGAAAUCGAAGCUAACAGCCAAAAGGUUUUUGCUGAUAUUCAGAAAAGGUAUUAUAUAUCUUCUGUUAUAGACGGCGUGUAAUUUUCAUUAACCAUGAGGUUUUCAUAUAUUUAUUUACUACAACUCAACAGUUUUUACAGAAAAACCCAGUUUCUCAAAACGUUUUGUGUUCGUUCUGUCCUCUGACCUCUCUAUUUUCAAUGUUACUGGACAAAAGUCUAUUACCAUAAUAAAUUAACAUGAACUAUAUAAUAAACUGGACAAUUUCCCAACGUUUCUCAACAGAACUAUCAAAAAACAAAGGGCAUGAGACUUCAGUGUGUUUUUUAUCACACAAUGGACAAUUUUUUAAACCUUGGUGUACUGGAUCAAAUCCAGAUGUGCGUAGAGCAUGGACCCUACCUCGCAUGCGACUUGGUGGCUGAAAAUUAGUUGACUCUUUACCCUUAUCUGGCGGCUCAAUAUUGUAUCGCUCACGUUUACGCAUGGUUUUGGCUCUAACUUGGGCCCACUUGGCUAAACCCUUCAUGUCUUCCGAGUAAUCUUCACUCUCAACCUGUUUUAUCCAUUCAUCCCUUUCUCUAGGUGGGAGUUUUUGAACCAACAAGGUACAAAGAGGUAUACUAGCUAAUUCAUGCCUAUAGUCAGGUUUAUCUAGUGCAAACACAGCUGCUUGUAAUGCAUCUGCAAAGCGUUGAAAUUCUUCACGAUCCUUAAUGUGGGGCCAAGAACUUAUUCUGCGCAAAUGGGCAUCUAUAAUUUCUCGGGGGUCCCCAUACCUAUCAGUGAGUUGUUUCACCGCCCUGUCAUAGUCCCCAGGCUCCCCGGUCAGGCAUGCAAUAACUUCACGUACUCUGUCCGUUAAACAGCUAUUCAGAUGAGCUAGCUUGAUUGCUGGCGUUAGUUUAUCGUUUUUAUGGACAAGAGAACUACAUAUUCCCCAAAAGUACGGCCACUUAUCUGGUUUUCCCUUUCAACACCUUUCAGACCAGUUUUUUUCCCAGACAUUGAAUCGUUCACAGUUUCAGUAUUUUCAUCAUUAUUCUGAGCAGUUGGUGGUGUAAUACUAGACUGCUCGUUUGGCGAUGGGCUCUCAGACUUUAAUAAAUAUUCGGCAACUUCUCCCAGGACUUCGUUGACAUCAAAUUCUACCUCUUCUAACCAGCUACCAUCAGUCUCAAUUGACGCUGGAUCAAGCUCUUCCAGUUCUUUCGUAAGGUCACGGGCUUUCGUACGACCUUCUUCUACACCUUUGGCAAACUGUCGGACUUUCGAAACACUUCCAUCGCUAGAGAUCAGCUCUCUGACACGAUUCAUAUUUCUUGUCACGCUAGCUUUCGCGACUUUUCUCUUCGCUCUACACUUGUCAAUUUCGCUUACUUCUGGCAUUUUCUUUCUUAUCCGGCUCGACGAAGGACCAGCUCUGUUAUAGACGGCGUGUAAUUUUCAUUAACCAUGAGGUUUUCACAUAUUUAUUUACUACAACUCAACAGUUUUUACAGAAAAACCCUGUUUCUCAAAACGUUUUGUGUUCGUUCUGUCCUCUGACCUCUCUAUUUUCAAUGUUACUGGACAAAAGUCUAUUACCAUAAUAAAUUAAUUAACAUGAACUAUAUAAUAAACUGGACAAAGUCCAAAACAUCUUCCAUAUGCAGACUAGCUAAGCCUACAGUAGAGCGGUUCACAUAACUGAAACUGAAGUGAGAUAUGCAAGAACAGAAAAGAACUCAAACAUGUUUUGUUCUUCGGAGUUUUAUGGCGGGAAUUUAUAUUAAUAUCGGUAAUAUUUCGCAGCAUUGUGUUGGGUAAUUUUCGAGUAAAAUACUUUAAUUGUUGUUUGGAUCAUUAUUCCCUCCAUUGUACAUCGAUAAUGCAUAGUGAUAUACAGCGCGUAUAAAAAAGUAUAGCCUUUCAAAUUCAAAGGCUCGCUAAUUUGUUCGAAGCAAUUUAAUAUAGCUUGUCAGAUGAAUUCAAUAGAAUACGGCGUUAUGCUCGAUUUAAAUUUGAAAGGAUAUAUACUUAUUUUGUAGACGUCAAGCGAACUACGGAUAAAAUUACAUUCACUCGUCACUGUGUAUGGUUUCUGCCACAACAUAAAUAAUAAACAAUUAUUGAAGUCGAAUUUCGCAUGACAUCAAGAAUUAUUCAGACCUCGGUCAAUGUUAUCUGUCGAAGCGAAUAACAUUGACCGAGGUCUGAAUAAUUCAUGAUGUCAUGCGAAAGCCGACUCCAAUAAUUGUUUUAUGCUUCAUAGACAUCAGAAACGUAUAAAACGAUUAAACGAAGAUUAUUAAUGUUUCAAGUAUGGCUUUAUUUUCGCGCGCUUUUGGGUUUGAGUUGUUGGCUUGGGCGCGACAGCGUCCAAUAUUAUUGGCAUCCUCGUCUCCAUGAGGCCCGAGCUUGGACCUGGGGACGAGGAUGACGCUGAGCACGUCAGCAGCUGAAAUUACGUAAUAAGUACCGAAUAUUUAACAAUUAUUGGCCGAAGGCGAGGUGAUUAUCGGGGAUUAGUAUUUUUGCACAGGUUAACAUAACAAAUCCUACAACCUGAUUGGUAAAAUAACAAAACUGAAAUUUUCAAAAUGGCGGCUAGCCGUUUUGUGGAAGUUUACUGAUAAAGAAAUAAGACUUGUGUAAAAAUACUAUACUAAAACAAUCAUUCGCCUUAGGCUCUGUGAUUAUCGUGGAAUAUUCACGUCGACUUCGUCUCGGCGAAUAUUCCCUGAUAAUCACCGAGCCUGAGGCGAAUAAUUGUUAAAUAUUCGCCAAGACGAAGUCGAGGUGAAUAUUCCCCGAUAAUCACAGAGCCUGAGGCGAAUAAUUGUUUUAGUAUUUUUGCACAAGUUUUUUGUGUUUUUCUGGUCUGAAUUCAUUUUAAUUUCGCUUAUUUCUUUAUCACUAACUUCAACAGAACGGCUAGCAGCCAUUUUGAAAUUUCGUUUUUGUUAUCGUCAAUAUAACAGAUUAAUACGUCAAAUUUGACCAAUCACCUUGUACGGUUUGUUAUGUUCACUUGUGCAAAAAUACUAAUGAGAAUUAUCCGGUGCUCUCUGACCAAACAGGAACGAGAAGUCGAGAAUACAUACUAAAUGUAUAAUAAUUCUUGUUUUUCCUUGCUUCAGGGAGUGGAUUCUAGCUUAUUUAAUUUUUUGAAAUAGAUAUAUCCUUUCUUUUUGUAUUUUGUCAGUAAGAAUUUUAAAAAACCUGCCCAAAGCCAGUUCAAGACAUUGAUCUAGGACUGCCGGCGGACGUAAACAAUUUAAAAUUCAGCGGGCUGAAAUGCAUUUUAGCCCCCUGAUUUGUUAAUUUUAACCCGCAAAAUACGCCACAACACCCGCUGAAGUUAUUCUAAUAUUGGCUUUUUAAAAUCUGUUUAGACUUGAGCAAUGGGCUUCUUUAUUGGGAACUAUUACUGAUGGAAGAAGUGAGAAAACUGAAACUGCUUUACUUGCCGUAAAGUGUUUGUAUGAAUUACAAGAUAUUGAUAUCUUGAAAUCAGUUUGCAGUAAAUUUUUGGCCGGUGGAAAUGGAGAUCUGCGUUUGGGAUACCUGCAUAUUGCAGCAUUUGUUUCUACAGCAUUGUUUACGUUUUUGGGUAACAGCAAGAAUUUAAAACGACUUGAUUUUCUUACUUGCACAAUACAGGAUAACUGCAGCAAUCAUUUCAAGUUGUUAUUGAACACUGCAGGUAACACUAUUACCUCUUUUACGUGUUUUGGAGGUUUAGCAGAUAGAGAUGUUGAAUAUCUUAGUGAAGCUUUAAAAAGUGAAAAUUGCAAACUUGCUAAAUUGAACCUCGGUGUUAAUAAAAUAACAGAUCAAGGUGUUAAAUAUCUUAGUGAAGCUCUAAAAAGUGAAAAUUGUAAACUUACUAAAUUGAAUCUCGGACAUAGUGUUAUAACAGCCUUAGGUGUUGAUUAUCUUAGUGAAGCUUUAAAAAGUGAAAAUUGUAAACUUACUAAAUUGAAUCUUGCAUGGACAUAGUGUUAUAACAGAUCUAGGUGUCAUAUGUCUUAUUUAUGCUUUAGAAAGUGAAAAUUGUAAACUUACUAAAUUGAAUCUCGGUGUUAAUAAAAUAACAGAUCAAGGUGUUAAAUAUCUUAGUGAAGCUCUAAAAAGUGAAAAUUGUAAACUUACUAAAUUGAAUCUCGGACAUAGUGUUAUAACAGCCUUAGGUGUUGAUUAUCUUAGUGAAGCUUUAAAAAGUGAAAAUUGUAAACUUACUAAAUUGAAUCUUGCAUGGACAUAGUGUUAUAACAGAUCUAGGUGUCAUAUGUCUUAUUUAUGCUUUAGAAAGUGAAAAUUGUAAACUUACUAAAUUGAAUCUCGGUGUUAAUAAAAUAACAGAUCAAGGUGUUAAAUAUCUUAGUGAAGCUCUAAAAAGUGAAAAUUGUAAACUUACUAAAUUGAAUCUCGGACAUAGUGUUAUAACAGCCUUAGGUGUUGAUUAUCUUAGUGAAGCUUUAAAAAGUGAAAAUUGUAAACUUACUAAAUUGAAUCUUGCAUGGACAUAGUGUUAUAACAGAUCUAGGUGUCAUAUGUCUUAUUUAUGCUUUAGAAAGUGAAAAUUGUAAACUUACUAAAUUGAAUCUCGGUGUUAAUAAAAUAACAGAUCAAGGUGUUAAAUAUCUUAGUGAAGCUCUAAAAAGUGAAAAUUGUAAACUUACUAAAUUGAAUCUCGGACAUAGUGUUAUAACAGCCUUAGGUGUUGAUUAUCUUAGUGAAGCUUUAAAAAGUGAAAAUUGUAAACUUACUAAAUUGAAUCUUGCAUGGACAUAGUGUUAUAACAGAUCUAGGUGUCAUAUGUCUUAUUUAUGCUUUAGAAAGUGAAAAUUGUAAACUUACUAAAUUGAAUCUCGGACAUAGUGUUAUAACAGAUGAAGGUGUCAGAUGUCUUAGUUUUGCUUUAGACAGUCGAAAUUGUAAACUUACUGAAUUGAAUCUUGGACAUAGUGUUAUAACAGAUGAAGGUGUCGGAUAUCUUAGUAUAAUAGCUUUAGCCAGUCGAAAUUGUAAACUCACUAAAUUGAAUAUCGUACAUAGUGUUAUAACCGAUGAAGGUGUUGAAUAUCUUAAAGAAGCUUUAAAAAAUGAAAAUUGUAAACUUACUAAAUUGAAUCUCUAUGCUAAUCGAAUAACAGAUCAAGGUGUUGCAUAUCUUAAUAAAGCUUUAAAAAGUGAAAACUGUAAACUUACUAAAUUGAAUCUGAAUUCUAAUCAAAUAACCGAUGAAGGCGUUAAAAAUCUUACUAAAGCUUCAAAACGGGAAAAUUGUAAACUUACUAAAUUGAAUCUCUAUGCUAAUCGAAUAACAGAUCAAGGUGUUAAAUGUCUUAGUGAAGUUUUAAGAAGUAAAAAUUGUAAACUGUGA